UUGGUGCUUUUUUACGGCUAUAAUUCCAGGGAGAGCUACUUAGGACGGUGGUCACGCGAGACUACACCAAUAGACUCCCAGGAACGAUACGAGCGUAAUAUUCGACGUUCAUAUACGCCGGUACGUGAAAUUGCCGGUUACAAGGUGAUCCAGGACGACCGACUGCCACUGAAUCCGUACAGGGCACGCACUCCCCUCGGCUUCAUCACUACGCCAUAUCAUACCAAUAUCAAUUACUAUCAGGAGCAACUACCCAUACGAAAAUACGAUGUUUUCAGCGUGAGGACAUGGGCCUAUCCUAUCUAUAAGUUUGUUUUCAUGAUUAUCUUCUCAACCAGUACCGAAAAUUAUUACUGCGAAACAGGUUUAAAUAUGUUUGGUGUUUAA